CACACCCACUCGCCCAUAUUCCGGUUUCCAUAUUGAGCUGUAGCUACCUCCUUCUCAAACGAUUUGGUUGAAAAAUCUUACUAACUCUACCCACUAGAGAGCAGAAUACUGUGUUCAUAGCUGGAAUGUCGUUCGAUCUAAGUGCCAGUGCGACGUUCUACGUCACCUCUCGUACCGGAUGUUGAUACAGAAUCCGCAGGAACAGCUGGGAGAGAACAACAAAGCGACAACGAACCCAACAGACUUUGGGGAAUAAAAUAAUUAACGUGGAAAAGGACGGCUUAGCUACAAAUAGCUGAAACCCAACUAGUCGAAAAGUCUUUAAACGAGAGCAGCGUUUAACCUUCCGUUUGGUCCUGCAGGUAAGUGUGUACUGAACCAUGGGGCGGAUCUUCCUGGACCACAUCGGGGGCACACGCCUCUUCUCCUGCGCCAACUGUGACACUAUCUUGACCAACCGCUCAGAACUCAUCUCCACCCGCUUCACCGGAGCCACCGGCAGAGCCUUCCUCUUCAACAAGGUGGUGAACCUGCAGUACAGCGAGGUACAGGACCGCGUGAUGCUGACGGGCAGGCACAUGGUGCGAGAUGUCAGCUGUAAGAACUGUAACAGCAAGCUGGGCUGGAUCUAUGAGUUUGCCACCGAGGACAGCCAGCGCUACAAGGAGGGCCGCGUCAUCCUGGAGAGAGCACUCGUCAGGGAGAGCGAGGGCUUCGAAGAACAUGUCCCCUCUGACAAUUCCUGAGCUGAUGCUCAAAUUACUCGCUCAUCCCUAUGCCCCUGCCCUAACCCUCCAUAGCCCCAAGCUCAUUAUUCCAGACACUGGUCAAUAGUCUAGGCUCCACCCACAGCUUUGACUGAGCUAGGACUGUUUGACCUCUCCUGAUUGGCUGGAUCUCUUGAUGCGUUGUUGGCCUCUCCUAAACCCCUCUCUCUUUCAAAGACCACCUUCUGUCACCUAGAGACAUUGACGGGCCCGCUUUCACAUAGCUAUGGACUCCAUGCACACGUGCAAACACAGGAUUUUGAAGGCAACUACACACACUGCAAGGCACACAGACUCAUAUUUACAUACUUGACAUGCUCACAUGCAUGAUUAGUAGAUGUAUUCACUGACUGGAUAUUUUGUCAACGUUACAGCUGCAGUCACUAUAACUCCCUCCCAGUGUUGUGUGUACUGUGUAUCCUUAUCCUCUAUCUGGCUGCUGUGCCUGUGCAUGCAUUGUGAGGACCUGCUUGUUGCCAUGCACAUCCCCACAAGUCCCUCCUUCUGUGUGUGAGGAGUGCGAGCAGCCUAUUGCCUCAUAGUAAGUGAGGAGCUGAGCAGGGUAGUAUCAUGCCCAAAGACUGGUGGCCUGCUGGGCUGGCCUUCAUAUGAACUAUUGCUGUUCCUCCCAAUUUCUGACAAUUCCCAGCCAGUUGGAAUGAAGGGAUCUGAGUUCUCUGUCAUGCUGUUCUUUGUUUCCAAUCCCUGCCAAGGCUAAUGUACAAUAGAUAGAAAUAACACAUGAUCAUCAGAAAUGAUUAUAAUUGUAUUAAUGGUUAGUAUCAUUAUUGUAUUUUUAUUCUCAGUGGAGUCAUUGUUUUAAUUGGUUUGCUUUUCAAAUCAGUUUAUUAGUCGAGUACACAGAUUUGCAGGUGUUAAAGCACCUCCAACAGUACAGUAGAAUGUCACGUGAAUACAAUACAAAUAAUAAAAAAUGUUUAAAAAACAAGAAUUUACAGAAUGAGUAUAAAAAAAUAUUGCUUUUAUUAUGAUUGUUGUUUUUCUUUAUGUAUUUUUAAAAAACAACGUCCAAUGUUUUUCUUUAUAUGAGGUAUAAAAAAAGAGUAAGAUUGUCUCUUUUUCCAGUUAUCCUGCUUGGGUAAUUUUUCCUCUGUAGUGACGAUUUCUGAAUAAAGUGUGUAUUCUUGCUAAAA